GCUGCAGUCCAGCCGGGUGCCGGGUCGGGGCCCGCUCUCGCCCUCGCCUCGCCGCUCGGCUCCGGCCGGCUCGGCUCGUCAGUCAGACGCUCGCUGCCGGCGCGCUAGGUCGUGUCUCGAGGGAGCCUCCGUACCGCGCCGCGCCGCCGCACCGCACCCCACGCGCCAGCCGACAACAAGAGGCCGCUGCCCGCCCGCCGCCCGCCAUGGCGGUGCCCAUGGUGUCCCCAAACACCGACAGCCCGGCGGCCGCGACCACGGCGCCGGCCAUGAAGCGUGCCGCCAAGAAGGACAAGUCCAAGAUCAACUUGGAGUUCAUGAGCUGGGUCAAGCGUAUGCCCUCGAACGAGAGGAAAGACAAGCUGCAGCAGAUUGUGUCUGGGAAGGUUCUUGGUGGAACCUCAGCAAAGCUUGCCUUGAGCAAGUUACAGUCAAGACCAGAGGUCAGAAUGCAGAGGGUUGAUUUUGCAAAAGCUAUGGCUGACUUCGCUAAUCAAAGCAGGGCUUCUACAUCUUCGACUCCGUCUUCAGAGUCUGUGCCAGAUGCGUGCCAUGUUACCAGUACAUCAGCGACCAAAGUUGCCAGACAGAGGCCAUGCCCUCUCUCCCGGAGGCCAUGUCCUCUCUCCCGCAAAAGAAGAUCAACGGAAACUUCAGAGCAGCCUAAGUCCAAACAGCGUAUUGCCCCAGUGGAAGACGACACAAGUAUUUCAGCGGAUGGAAACACAAGCGCGUUAGCAGAUCAGGGACCAGCGUCGCAGGUUUCAUUGCAAAAAAAGACACAUGCCGCAGAGGAUCAGGGAUCAGCGUCACAGGUUCCUGCGCAUGACAACCCACACCCAACAGAGGAGCAGAGACCGAUCACGGAAUCUCGAAUUCAAGCGAAGGAACCCCCUGUGAGUGAUCUCACCGCCCGAGACCAUCUAGUCCAAGAGCCAUCGACAGUCGAGCCAAACAACUCCACCCGUGCAGCAACCGCCAGUCCCCAGCUGGGGCCAAAUGGCCAUCAGAUGAAGUCCUCAUUUUCCGUGGAGAUUAGUUCAACAUCUUCUAAACCUCAAAAGCGUUUUCUGACACCUGGAGUUGUGGACUUGGUUGUUGCUGAUGCAGCCCUUGCUAUUGCGUCCGUUGAAAGUCUGCUGUCGAAAUUAAACGAGGAUCUUGAGAAGGAUUCAUUGAGCUCGAAAAGCACAGAGACAAUCAAUAGAUUGUUAGAAUGUUCCACAUCUAUAGGCUUCAAAGCUGACGUCGUCAGGAAUUGCGUCGAGAGAGGUGUUAUGAAGAGUCUGGGCUCUGCCUUCUACCCCAAACUACUGCAAGAAGUGCAAAAAAAUCAAAAAUUAAACUUGUAUUCUAAUAUGAGGUUAAUGUCAAUGGUGAAUAUGCUCUUAGGAUUGACUCUGCCUAAUUCUGACCCAAAGGUGACGCUCAAUGCUCUUGUGGCGAAGUCAUUGUAUGAUCAACGCCCAAGAGCUCCAACAACUGCUGAGUCUACGCCACAGCCAAUGCCAAGCACAGCACCACAGUUACCAAGCCAGUCUCAGGUCAGCGUCAUUAAAGAGAACCAAAACCGCUCUGUUGAAGUUCCAUCUAGUCAGCCAGUUCCUGUUUCCAGCCAAGCAGCCAUCGUUCGAACAUCGCACGGUUUACAACUUACCCAUGCGUCGCCCAAUGUGAUGGUAGUGCCGUCCCAGAAGGGGGGGCAAGUUACCAGCGGAGACCAAGUAAGCCACAGUAGAGGGGCAUCACAGAUACGACGUUCACAAAUGGACGCUCAAGUUCCUCAAUCCUACUCUCAGGUUCCUCAGUCCUACGCUUCUCAAGUUCCUCAAUCCUACGCUUCUCAAGUUCCUCAAUCCUACGCUCAAGUGUUCCAAGCUGAAUCCCAAACGCUUCCUGUUCAAGAUUUUGGGACCAUUGUCAGCAGUGUGCCUCAAGGUGCUCAAUUGGUCCACGUUUCGACGACUCAGUCCGUCACAGCUGCUCAGGCACAGGAGCAAACCCACUAUCAGCAACAACAUGCACAUACCAAAAACCCCCCUUCAUACAGCCAUCAAGAUUUGCAACGUCUCACUCAACAGCAAGCUCAACUGCAAGCUCAGCGUCAGAAAGCUCAACUGCAAGCUCAGCGACAGAAAGCUCAGCUGCAGCAACCUCGGCAGCAGCAACCGCAGCUUCAACAACCUCCUCAGCUGCAGCAAGCUCAGCUGCUGCAAUCUCAGCUGCUGCAGUCUCAGGUGCAGCAACAUCAGCUUCAACAACCUCCCCAGCUGCAGCAAUCUCAGCUCCAGCAACCUCAUCUGCAGCAAUCUCAGCUGCUGCAGCCUCAGGUGCAGCAACAUCAGCUGCUGCAACCUCAGCUUCAACAGAAUCUUUCGUGGCAGAUGCAACAAUACCAACAAACCCAGCUACAGAUUAGUUCGUUUAGUCAGUGGCCGCAGACUCAACAACAUCCUCAAAAUCAGCUGCAGCAACAUCCUCAAAAUCAGCUACAGCAACAGUUUCAAAGUCAGCUGCAGCAACCUUCACAAAGUCAGCAGCAGCAUCCCCAGCAAUACCACCUAAGUCAGCGGCAACAGCCCCAGCAAUACCUGCAACAAAGUCAGCAGCAGAUGCAUCAGCCGCAAUACCAGACGCAGCAACAGCAGCAACAGCAGCAACAGCAGCAACAGCAGCAACAGCAGCAACAGCAGCAACAGCAGCAACAGCAGCAACAGCAGCAACAGCAGCAAAGUCAAGUGCAGAACCAGCAAUUGAUCCUGAUGCAGUACCAACAACGCAUGGCUUACCAACAACCGCAGUUAGUGAGUCGACAGCAGAGUCGGAUGUCGGGGAACCAAGGGCAGCAAACCCAAUUCUACCCUGGGAUGCAAGCCGGUGCGAGCAGCUACGUGCAAGUACAGGUGGAACAUCGCCCGCCAGCGAGAACCUCUUCACGUGACAGCGGUAUCUCCACUCCUGAACUGAUCUGAGUGCUGACGAUCUCCAGUUUUACCCAUUAGUGUAAUGUUUCUACUGUAAGGGUCCUCAUUUGUUUCCAUUAUGACAUUUGUCUACGUUCAUCGAGGUAUCCUAUGUUAAACUGAAGUGAUAUUUAAUGUACAAAUUAAUUUUACCUAUAAGAACAUUGUUCCAAGAUACGUCCGUCCCCUGUACAGACGACGAUUGUUAUGUGGUCUUGUUAUGUGUUCGACAAAAGACUUAUUUUAUAUUUUUAAUUAAAUUAUUUAUCGGUUUUCA